UGCAGAAUGAAACGUCAAAUUGGGAUAUCAAUUAUUUUCAAAAAAAAAAAAAAAAAACAUUCCUGCAAAGUUGCGGAGCAUUUUCAGCUUUAAACAGUGAUAUUUUUGCGGUUUUAGCUUUACUAACCAGCUAUCACCAUGUCCGAAGUGAAUUUCUCCGCUCGUGCUUACUGCAAGAUGAUGCUGCAUGCCGCCAAGUAUCCGCAUCUGGCUGUCAAUGGAUUGCUGCUAGGCGAGAAGGGAUCCGAACAGAAGGUUGUCGACGCGGUUCCACUGUUCCACCAGUGUCUGCACGUGAUACCGAUGGCCGAGAUUGCCCUGAUUCAGGUGGAGGCGAAGGCGGCUCAGCAGCGGUUGCAGAUUGUUGGUUACUAUGCUGCGGCGGAGAAUUUCUACGAUAACAGCCUGGAGAAGGCACCGGGAGGCCGGAUUGCGGACAAGAUUGCGGAAAAUACCAACGGAGCUUUGUUUGCGGUGAUCGAUAACCGCGCCGUUUCGAUCAACAUGUGCUACCCAGCGGUGCGGGUCUGGCAACAUCGGGAAUCCCGUUGGAACAAGGUACCACGAUGCACCGUCGAGGACGCCAAAAACACGUUCGACGCGGUAUCCGGUCUGCUGCAGCGCGGUGCCAUGAAGGAGCUGAACGACUUCGACAACUAUCUCGAUAACACGGAAAACGACUGGAACAACGAGCAUUUGAAUCGGGAUUUGCCGCAAAUAUUAUCGAUGUAUUGAAAAUUGGUCCGAUCGUGGGACGAAAGGUUAUGUGUGGCAGUGCAAUUCGAGAGUGCGCGCAUUCGGAUCACUCUGUAAGGUUUAUUGUAUUUUAUAAUUUAUCACCUCUGUAAUAAUCGCUUCGUAUCACAAAUACCAAAGGAUUCACAAUUCCUUUAUUGACGUUGAAUCAGUCAA